AAGAGUUAAAAAGAGAGACAGAGAGAGGGAUAUGGUUGAAGGGUCCUCGAGGUAGGACAGUGCGGUGGAGGUGGUGGUGGUAUAUAAGUCGCUCCGGCGGAAGCAGCGGUUCGCAGUGGUGGUGGUAGUAUACGUGUAGCGAUGGUGCGAACGGGGCGAGCGCGCCGGAACAUGGCGGAGCAGCAGGGAAGCUGACGUGCCGCUCUCCUCUCUCUCUGUUUUUCCCUAUACACUAUACCACCAUAUAACCGUAGGGCUCCACGACCCCCAUCUUGCUGGCUCCCCUGUGCGUGUAUCAAUUAAUUGUUGCUUGUUUUUUUUUCUUUUUUUUUUUUCUUUGCACUCCACGCACUGGGUGUACGUAUGUGUAUACACGCGGAGGGAGGAAACGUGCAUCGCUGAAUGAGCCCUGUGUUCCGUCUCUUUCUGGCUCUUUUGACUGUUUACCACCAAAUAUACACACACUUAUAUUUAUAGGUGCACAUAUAUAUAUACCCAAGCGCUAUUGUUGUUGCCGGCUUUCGCGGUGCGCGUAUUACUUUGUGUGCCCCCCCCCCCAAGUGUUGUGUGUGUGUGUGUAUACACUUGUAAUGAGUUUUUGAAGAGACGAUGAUGACGGGGAUAACGAUGGUGGCGAUGAUGACGUGAGGAGAGGCUGCGCGCUGUAUCGGUAGUACAUCAAUCCAGCCCUUGCAGCCCCAGGCCUAUCAUGAAGGGCUCGGCGCUGCGGGACGCGCGUCUCGCCCUCCUGCUGGUGCUGCGGCUGAGCGUGUGGGUCGGCCGAGUGGGUCCCAGGGCGGUGAGCGGUGAAUUAUCAGGGAGCAUCGGGCCCCUGGCCAACCCCCGGGAGCGCAUGGAAAAGGUGCGCCAAGUGCUCAGCGAGGUCCCCCUCAUCGACGGGCACAACGAUCUGCCCUGGAACAUACGGAACUUUGUCCACAACCAGCUGGCCGAGUUCGAGUUCGAUACCGAUCUCAGGCAGGUCGUGCCCUGGAGCAAGAGCGCCUGGAGUCAGACGGAUCUGCCGAGGCUCAGGCAGGGCAUGGUGGGCGGACAGUUUUGGGCGGCGUACGUGCCGUGCGAGUCGCAGCACCUCAACGCCGUGCAAAUGACCCUCGAACAAGUGGACCUGAUCAAGAGGCUCAUAGAAAAGUACUCGCAACACAUGCAAUUCGCCACUUCGUCCAAUGAGAUACUCGAGGCGCACAAGAAGGGAAGGAUAGCCUCGCUGAUUGGAGUGGAGGGCGGCCACAGUCUCGGGAGCAGUCUCGCGGUCCUGCGGACCCUCUACCAGCUCGGGGUGCGCUACCUCACCCUCACCCAUACCUGCAACACGCCCUGGGCUGAAAGCUCGAAGGUCGAGCAGGGAGACGAGGAAGCUCGAGGUGGCGGGUUGACGACGUUCGGCAAAGCCGUGAUAAGGGAGAUGAACCGGCUGGGGAUGCUCAUAGACCUGAGCCACACGGCGCGCAAGACGAUGAGGGACGCGCUCAGGACGAGCAAGGCGCCCCUCAUAUUCUCGCACUCAUCCGCCUACUCGAUCUGCAACUCCACCAGAAACGUGCCAGACGACGUGUUGCGCGAACUGCAAUCAAACGGUGGCCUGGUAAUGGUCACGUUCUACAACUACUUCGUCAACUGCGGCGAGCAGGCGACCGUGACCGACGUUGCGGCCCACAUCUAUCACAUUAGAAAUUUAAUCGGAGUGGACCACGUCGGUGUCGGCGGUGACUUUGACGGCAUUAACAAAACGCCCCGGGGUCUCGAGGACGUCUCCAAGUACCCAGAGUUGUUCGCCGAGCUGCUGCGCUCCGAGAAGUGGACCGUCCAGGAUCUCAAGAAGGUCGCCGGACUGAAUCUGCUCAGGGUCCUCGGCCACGUGGAACGAGUGAGGGACGAGAUGAGGAACGCGGGGGUGAUGCCGUCCGAGGAGGUCCUCGAGUCACCCGACACGACCGGCAGCUGUUCCCUCGACAUAAACUCCGUGCAGCGCUCCACCAUGGAAGUGUAAAAUGAAAAACAAUAACAACACAAAAAUCAUACCUGUACAUGUACACCUAUUAUACGUCUCUUUACGCAUUGGCGAACGAAAAUACCUGUACACCUUUUCAUCGGGCGAAAAGUACUUUACAACGACGUACGACUCUUUUUCUUUUCACGCAAAAAUGCGCGCAUAUACAUAAAUAUAUACGUGUUUUACCAUGUAUAAAAGAAGAACAAGAAGGGAAAGAAGAUAAUGUACACUCUCCCUCCCUCCGACUCUACUACACAAUAAUACCCUCCGCCGACCCACGUAUUAUUACCGUAACUCUGGGAGCGCAAGCGUCAUAAAAGUUCAAGUUUACAUUGAGCGUGAGAUGGACUAAAGGAAAAAGGACUUUCUUGCGACUUACGCGAGUCUACUUUGGAGCAGUGAAGAAGGACAGUACACACCUGCGUUACUUGCCAUUCCACCUCUGUACCUACGUGUUUGAUCAUCGAUUUUCAGCAAACGGUCUCGGCGAAUCGGUCUGGGUGAAUCAAAAAUCUUGAAAAUCUCUCGAUUAAUUGGUACAAUUGGAUGCCAGAGCAGAGCAGUGAGAGGAAACUCCCCGUUGGCAGCUAAAAUCAAUUAAUUCGGACUGCAUUGUGUGUCUCUCUCUCUCUCUCUCUCUCUCUUACCCCCCUCCGUUUCGCGAAAUUUCCAAUUCGACGUGCCGGCAAACUAAUACAAACUUUGCAUCCAUAUACAUCGUACAUGCACCGCCCUGCGAGUGUAUCGUUCGAUUUUACAGGAGAGAGAAGCUCCUCCGAGAGAGAGUUAUGUGUACCGCUUGUUUUCCCGGGUAUACAUAUAUAUAUAUAGGUACGUACUUGAGGAACGCUAGCUUGUGCACACGGUAUUUUAGGUGUAUACCUAUGUGUGGGUACGUGGGUGCAAAAUUGAAUUUAGCGCUUCUCCGAUACUAAUGUGGUCCAGGGAGUGGGCCUCCAUGUCUGCAUACGACUGUCGAACUAACUAUUUGUGUGUGCUUCCGGAGUGUGUUCCAUUUGCUGCUGCGGCGGGAAUGCAUGUACGUGUGCGUUCCAUAGGGCGUGUCAAGGUCCGAGAUCGCGUGAAUAAUGGCAAGACUUUUAGGUAAUAUAUGGAUCUUCGCGUGUCUUAUAUACAUUUGUGUGUUGUCUGAUGUGUAUCCACGAAAAAUCUCUCGACGCUUCGUCACGUACCUAGAAAUCGACAAGUUGAUCAAACGAGACAUUACAGUAUAUAUAUACCUAUAGACUCUUCGAUC